AUGAACAAUUUACCAGCAUUUCCAAGUUUUGAUCUUGAAACGGAUAAAUCCAAUGCAGGCACGCGUUGGGAGAAAUGGAUUGGGCGCCUCGAAAAUUUAUUUGUGGGGAUGAAAAUAUCAAACGCUGACCAGAGAAGAGCAUUAUUACUACAUUACGCCGGAGAAAAAGUGUACGACAUCUAUGACGUAGAGAAAAAGGACAGCGCAGCGACUUACGACGCAACAAAAAAGGUACUUAGCGACUAUUUUGCUCCCAGAAAGAACGUUCAAAUUGAAAUUUACAACUUUAGAUCAUACAAGCAAUUAGAAGCACAAACGAUUGAUGAAUAUGUGACUGAGUUAAGAACUUUGGCAAAGAACUGUGCAUUCGCAGACAUUGACAAUGAAAUUUUACAACAAGUGAUACAACAUGGCCGCUCAAAUCAACUCAGAAGAAGAGCGUUACGUGAACCAGAUAAAAAACUCGAUGACAUUAUUACAAUGGGACGUAUGUUUGAACAAUCAGAUAUGCAAGCAUCCGCAAUGGAAAAUUCAGAAAAUUCUAGAUCUGUACACAAGGUUUCAAAGUUCAAUAGUAGAACACGAGGACGAGCGCCGAUGCCUCAUGGCCGUGGGAACAGUAGAGGGUCGUAUGCAAAUUUUGGAGGUCGUGGGAAAUAUGGUCCGAAGAACCAAUCGAAUCAACGAAGUAGACCACGUGAUGGUGCGUCAGCCAAUACUUGCAGAAAAUGUGGUUAUGAAUUCCCGCACAGAGAUAAGCCGUGCCCAGCCACAGGUAAAACCUGCAAUGUAUGCAAGAAACCUAAUCAUUUCGCGCGCUGCUGUUUAGCGCCGAAAUAUCAGCAUGUCAAAGAGGUCAGCGAUAACGCCAGCAGUUCGCUACAAAUCGAUUCGGAAGAGGAGUACCUCUAUAACAUCACAGUGAAAAAUGUCGGUAAACAAAAAGGAUCAAAAACGCCCAAAACACGGAUAAAAGUCAACGAUAAAACGAUUACGGCUACAAUAGACACAGGAUCAAGUGUGAAUAUACUAGAUGAAACCACGUAUGAUUACUUAGGAAAACCUAAAAUAAAAACAAAAGGGCUGCCAAAUUUACUUCCAUACGGAGGGGGAAGUGCAUUAAAAGUAAAGGGCUGUGUGAAUUUAAUGGUCGAAAAGAACAGAAAAUACACAGUAACACCAUUUUAUAUUGUGAAAGGAAACUAUGGAGCUCUAUUAGGGUGUGAAACAUCAUGUGAAUUAGAAAUAAUAAAAAUAAACCAAGGGAUAACGGCCAAUAUGGAAGAUAAAUAUCAAGGAAUUUAUGACGGUAUUGGGAAGUUAAAAGGACAAAAAGUCAAAUUACACAUAAACCGUGAUGUAAAACCUGUAGCGCAGAGAAAUCGACGUACGCCAUUUCAUUUAAGAAAGAAAGUUCAAAAGGAAAUUGAAAAGCUACUUGAAAAUGACAUCAUAGAAGAAGUUAAAAAUGAAUCAACACCAUGGGUGUCACCGAUUGUCACCCCACCGAAGAAAAAUGGAGAUGUAAGAUUAUGCAUAGACAUGAGAGAGGCAAACAAAGCUAUUGAAAGAGAACGGCAUCCAAUGCCAACAAUAGAUGAACUUAUACACGACAUGAACGGUGCAAAAGUGUUCAGCAAACUAGAUUUAAAAGCUGGAUAUAAUCAGCUGGAAUUAGAUAAAGUAUCGAGAUCAAUCACUACAUUCUCUACACACAUGGGCUUAUACAGAUAUAAACGUUUGAAUUUCGGUACUAACUCUGCAAGUGAAGUGUUUCAGAAAACAAUCAGUUCCAUCAUUCAAGACAUAGCUGGUGCCAAGAAUAUUUCGGAUGAUAUAAUAGUGUAUGGAAACAGUCAAAAAGAUCACGACAAGGCACUUGAUCAAGUUCUUCAUGCAUUGCAUCGUAACGGGCUGACAUUAAAUAGAGAAAAAUGUGAAUUUAACAAGCUUGAAAUCACAUUCUUUGGAGUUGUAUUCAGAGGAGACGGCAUUUCACCAGAUCCAGUGAAGGUUCGAGCAGUGAGAGACAUGCAACAGCCCACAAACGUAUCUGAAUUGAGGAGUUUUCUCGGAAUGACAUCGUAUUGCUCGAGAUUUAUAAAGGAUUAUGCAACAAUUACGGAACCAUUGAGGCGUUUAACAAAAAAGGACACACCCUGGUCAUGGGAAAAUGAUCAGCAAGUCGCGUUCGAGAAACUGAAAAGAGAAUUAAGUAGUGAUACGGUUAUCACAUACUUUAGUCCAUUAAAAGAAAUUGAGCUAAUAGUAGAUGCUUCACCAGUCGGUAUAUCUGGGAUACUCACACAGGAAGGAAAAAUUAUCGCGUACGCGUCUCGUGCACUGACACAGACAGAAUCACGUUACUCACAAACAGAAAGAGAGGCUCUGGCAGUAGUAUGGUCGUGUGAGCACUAUUCGAUGUACUUAAGAGGUGCUCCAACUUUCACGUGCUUCACAGAUCACAUGCCACUGACGAAAAUAUGGCAGAAGAAACAGCCACCACUACGAAUUGAACGAUGGGGAUUACGUCUACAACCAUUUAAUGUAAAAAUUGAAUACAGGCCUGGAAAGGAUAACCCGUCUGAUUACAUGUCUCGUCAUCCGUUGAAAUGUGACGAGCAGAGAAAUAUAGCCGAGGAAUAUGUAGCAUUCGUUUCCGCACAGGCAGUGCCGAAUGCAAUGACACUAGAUGAAGUAAAAUUAGAAUCAGUCAAAGAUAAAACUAUACAGAAAGCGAUUGAAUACGCAAAGAAUGGAAAAUGGCAUGAAAUGAAAACAGUGACAGAUUUUAAAAUCGUCAUGGAAGAGCUGGUGGUACUCAGAAGCGUAAAAGAUGAAUUGACGGUUCACAAUGACACGGUCUUAUUAAGAAAUGACAAAUUAGUGAUACCGAAAACACUCCGAAAUCGUGCGAUAAAACUGGGACAUGAAGGGCACCAGGGAAUUGUUAAAGCUAAAAGCUAUAUACGAUCAAAGGUAUGGUUUCCGAACAUGAAUGCAGAAAUUGAAACAGCAAUACAAAAAUGUCUAGCCUGUCAAGCCAACUCAAGGGAACCAAGACCGCGAGAACCACUGAAAAUGUCAGAUUUGCCAUCUGGACCUUGGAAAAAUAUAAGUGCAGAUUUUUGUGGACCUCUAGAAAACGGUGAUUACCUAUUGGUUGCAGUAGAUGAGUACUCGCGAUAUCCAAUAGUGGAAAUAGUAAAGAGUGUUUCAGCAAAUAUGGUCAUACCGGUUAUGGACAAAAUAAUUUCAAUGUUUGGUGUCCCCAAAGUGAUUAAAACAGAUAAUGGAUCGCCAUUUAAUAGUACGGCAUUUGCGGACUUUGCAAAAUUUUACGGUUUUAUACACAGAAAAAUCACGCCUAGGUGGCCAAGGGCUAAUGCUCAGGCAGAAGCAUUCAACAAACCGUUGAUGCAGAGUGUUAAAUCGGCAUUCAUGGAGAGAAGGAAUUUCAAACAAAAACUGUUCAGAUUUCUCCGCCAGUACGGAGCUACACCGCACUUGUCAACUGGGUUUACGCCAUUUCGGUUAAUGUUCGGAAGGGAACCGGUAACGCGUAUGCCAGACUUUAAUCAACACCAAAAUGAGGACACGCGUGCAGACGAGACAGCACGAAGAAAUGAUGAGUUAUCAAAUUCGAAAUCAAAACAAUACGAGGACCAGCGAAUGAACGCACGAGAACGAAACAUUAACGUCUGA